AUGAGCACAGCAACUAGAAACGCCAACAGACGUUUGGAUCGCAUCUAUAUCUCUGAUUCUUUAAAAUCACUUAAAGGAACAUUGGAACAUCAGGCUAUGGAUCAUUCAAUAUAUUACUCAACUCAUAAGCCAAUCAAAUUGAAUCUUCACAUUGAUCCAUUGGCAACUUUAAAGAAUCAAGUGGGAAAACCACGCUUCACGUUACUGAAGUCAACAUAUUCUUCAACCAACCCAGAUGACCCUGAUGAAUGGCUUAACAGAAUUCAAUCAAAUCCUCAGUUCUAUGAUAAUAAAUAUCCAGAAAUUGGCAGCAGAGCUUCGUCUUAUUUUAGCAAUCUUAGCAGAGAGGCUCAAACCAUUCAAAAAUUAAGGCACUUGUUGAACAAAAGAACCUUAUCAUCAGCUGAAAUUUCACAACAACAUAGAGAGGAACAAUUAGCUUCAUCUACCCCUAUAUCAUAUUGUGAUUAUAAAGUUUUGAAUAAGUUAUAUCACAAGCAGCAACAACAAACAAUUAUUGAAGAACUAAUUGAUCCAACAAGAGAUCAAAUCUUAUCUUCAAGAUUACCACAAGAAGCUUACCAAUCAACAACAAGAUAA